CCGUGGAAUCUUUCAGUAUAAUCCGAGUACUGUAUUUGUUGUUUGUAUAUUCCCUGUAUAAUAAUUGCGAAUCAGCGUCUUACCCUUAAAAAUAUUCCACAUGGAUUCAAUUAUUGGGAGAAAAUAUUGCACAUUCGUAUGGCUUCCGCUUUCACUUUGCACAUUUCCUGACGCAACAGCUUGCAAUCGACACUUACGCAGACGGCACUUGAGGAAAGAGGUUUAGCUUCAACACAGUUUUAUACUUUUUGCGAUUUAAGUGUCUAUUUUCUGACGGACUGUCAACUGGAAUUGUUGCCUGCAUAGUGCUAACUUAAUUGUCGACUUUUCCACCAGCGAAGUUACAUUCCUUUUUUGCCGUUUAAUUUAAACUAAAGCGCCGAUAUCCAGAGUACCCGCUUGAACAUAGAUACAAAUUCUUGACUGCUUUUGUUGUCUAUUAUUUCUUCAAACUUGUUCAAAUAGAUUUAUAAAACGAAGGAGGAAAGAUAAAAGCGACAGCGAAGAAAUCUUCUCAUUCUUGGGGAAUCCUAAUAUUUUUCUGUUGAAUCUCUUCGUAACAGCAAACUAUGAGGCCCAGACACAGAGGAGGAAAUUUAGGCCUUCUUUUGCUGUUCUGCCAGAUUUUUCAAGUUGGAUUUAAUAAUGUUCCACCUGCAACUCUUGUUACUCUUGCACUGAACAUUUACCUUUUUCUCUUCCCUCUGAAGAACCUGAUGCAAGUAUGUAUCAGUGUGCAGAAUGUUUAUUUCCACAAGGACUGGUCACGUAUAUUACUGGCUCAGUUCCACCAUGCAGAUGACUGGCACCUCUAUUUUAACAUGGUAUCCUUUUUGUGGAAAGGCCUGAGGCUGGAAGGGAGACUGGGUAGCAUGUGGUUUGCCUACCUGCUUGGGGUUUUCUCUUUGCUCACUGGAGUUGUCUACAUCUUGCUUGAAAUGGCACUGUCAAAAUUGUUAGAUGAUUUUUCGCAUAACAUAAACUGUGCAGUAGGCUUCUCAGGAGUUUUAUUUGCCCUAAAGGUUGUGAAUAACCAUUAUUAUCCAGGAGGUGUGAUUUACAUAAUGGGCUUUCCUGUAGCAAACAGGUAUUCUUGUUGGGUGGAGCUUAUAGCUAUUCAUCUGCUGUACCCAGGAACUUCCUUUGUUGGACAUCUUGCAGGAAUUUUGGUUGGACUGAUGUACACAAAAGGACCACUGAAAAAGAUAAUGAAGCUAUGCUCAGGAAUCUUUUCUUCUGACCACCACCACUAUUCCAGACCGCAGUACUUCAGCUCUUCAGGAUGGAGUGGAUAUAGAACAAAUCGAUAUAAUGCUUAUGAAAGACAACCUCCAAUGCAUUACGAAAAUAAUUCCUACAACCAGCAUCCUGGUUUUGAUGUAUACACUGGAGGAUUGAGUGAGCAAGAGCAGUAUGAGGCUGCCAUUAGAGCUAGCCUCAAUGAUCGAGGUCAUCCUUCUCAGAGAAGCCCCCCAUAUGGAUUCCACAUUCAAGAUGAACCCUUGUCAUAUGAUGAAAUGAGACAGAGAAGGUUAAACAGGUUUAAUACGUGAUGAUCUCUUAGUUCAUGUGUAUACUGGUUUGCUGAAGGAACCAUAUGUUAUAGGAUAUGCCAUGCAACACAGUACAAGGUGCCUUCAGUGCAGACUCACUAAGUUUAUCAAGUAUGUUUGACACAUUUUAAUGUGGGGUCUACAGCUCCUGCGGGAAGGACAUUCUGAAGACCUUUGAUGUUGCACACACAUUGUCAGCCGUCUUCCAGAUGCCAGACUGUCCAUUCUCACUGUGACUAUGUCUGUCUUAGCCACCACAGACAACAUGUUAUCAGUGUUGAGGGGAACAUCAGUGCAGCGCUUCCUAAAACAAGUCUGGUCACAACUUAAGAAUAACACUGAGAUCCUGGGAUUUCACCCGGAAAAAAUACGUUUUGUUAGCAUUGUCUCUCUACUACUUUUACAGAAUGUUUUUCUUCAGCUUACAAUACAUCUUUUACUGAAUUGUUUAAUCGAAGAAGCCAAGAAAAUGCAGACUGCUGAAUUCAUUUUCAAAAUGUAUUAGUUUUGUGAGUUUGUUUUUGUACCUUUGUAUUUAUAACAUGCCAGAUGUUCAUUCACUCCGGAGGGAUUUACGUUUGUGUAUUUUGAUAGAUAAGUCCAAACUAAACAUGCCACAGCUUUUUAACUUUUCAAGCAUAUUGAAAAAUAAAACACAUUUUAUUUCAACAGCCCGUGUAUCUUGCCAUUUUCCAAGCUCACUUAGUCAGUGGCAGGAUCACACAGCACCAGACCCUGUCCCAGCAGUUUUGGGAGAAAGACAAGGACCACCCCUGCCUUUACUUGCAAUAUGUAUAGAAAUUAUACCUUAAAGAUUUGCGAAAAUAUGUGCCCAUAUUUGAUCUUUUAAAAAAUGAAUACUUUUCACUGUGAGUUUGGUCAGUGAGUUGAAACUGUCCAUCCGGAGUCGAAGAAAGCAGAAAUUGACACCAUGGGUACAGUAGGUGAUUCUUUCAUUUGUUUGCUAUACAUGAUAAUCAAACCUGGGAAUUUCACUUGUGCAGCAGUUAUUGCUGUGCUUCUAAACUCAGUCCAACUAACAGAAAACUGAAAUGUUUGACAGUAGUGAUCAGCGUAACAGCAAUGUUCCGCUUUGUAUAGUUUUAUGAAAUUAAUCCAAGCCCAGAUCCUUUGGAAGGCUUGAUGUUGGUCAAAUAGAUUUAAGCACCUCUGAAGUGCUCAUGGGUAAAGUGCUGUAUAGUUGCAUUCCCACCCCUCUUCCCAUGCUCUUAUCCGAGUAGAUUUUUCCGUACUUUUGUACAAGGCCAGACCAUCAAACCAUCAAAUAGUGAUGAGUGAAAAGAUUCACUCGCAAUUAAAUUUACAGAAACAAACUUUUCACCUUGCAAAAAUGUAUCAAAAUAAAUGGUGUUUCAACACCUGUGAAAUUUG